AUGAUAUCAACGCGACUAGAACAAAGAAAUAAUAACUUCCAAAAGCUCCCUGAUUAUUCAAAGCUCCUUCAAAGAAGAGAUGAAGGUGCUGUCGAACUCAGAAAAAAGAAAAGAACAGAAAAUGCUCUUAAAAAAAGAGCGCUUUUAUCAACUGAAGCUCUAGAAGUAUCAUCAACUGUUAUCGAGGGCUCAAGAGAAGUCAUGAAUGUUUUCUAUUCUCCGUCUCUUUUGCAAACAUGCCCAGCUUUGGGAUCUUUUGAUAUUCCUCCAAAUGACAAAACAUUAAUGAUUUUCAAUCUCAUCAAGCAGCCACAGAGUCCUGACAUUCUUAAAGAGUUAAUGAGCCUGCUUAGAAAAAUUCUCUCAGCUGAUCAAAAUCCACCAUUGGCAGAAGCUGUUAAGUCUGGAGUUUCAAAUGUUCUUAUCGAGCUACUGAGAACCGCUUCUUUAGAUAUCCGAUUAGAAGCUGCAUGAUGCAUUACUAAUCUAGCUUAUAGUCCUAAAGAAACAACUGAUUUACUUGUAGAACAAGGCGCAGCACAUGCUUUAUUAGAAAAUUUAGACUCAGAUUCAUUAGCUUUAGUUGAAUUAUGUGUGUGAGGAUUAGGAAAUAUUGCUUCAAAUUCAAUAGAAGAUAGAGACCUUAUAAUAAAAUUAAAAGGUGUCAAAAAAUUAUGCAGAAUUUGUGACAAAAAUAUAUCAAUGGGACUUAUGGCAAAUAUUGCAUGAGUUAUUUCAUGCUUAACAAUGCUUAAGCCUUCUCCAAAUCCUGAACUGUUUUAUGGGGUUUUAGACUACUUGCCUAUGCUUUUCCAGACAAAUAAUGAAUUUAUAAUAGAAGAUUCUUGCAAAAUUUUAGUGUUUUUAUCUGAUGGGAGCCCAGGGCAAAUAGAAGAAGUUGUAAAUACAGGCCUUCUCCCUCGAAUCACAGAAUUGCUGACUUAUCCUGUUAUAGAUGUUCAGUAUUCUGCUCUAAAAAUAUUAGGAAAUGUUGCAGCAGGGAAUGACUCACAAACAGAGUAUGUAAUUAGUCUAGGGUUUUUAGAUAAAAUUGGUGCUAUGCUUACACAAAAGAAGAAAACUGAAAUGAGAAAAGAAGUCUUGUGGACUCUCAGCAAUAUCUUAGCAGGGACUUUAGCUCAAACCAAAAUGAUCAUAGGCAAGCCUUAUUUUCGCGAUAUUGUGAACUUAAUGAAAGAUCCUAAUUUAUCAAUUAAAAAAGAAGCCAUUUGGGCUGUUGUAAAUGCCACAUAUUGCAAAGAUGCUGAUACCAUACUUUCUUUGCUUCAAUUUCCAGUAUUAACGAUGACCCCCCCUCAAUCUUCAUGUCUAUUGCAACAAAAAUUUUUCGAAAAAAUCUUUCAUGCCUGCUGCAACACAACAUUUUUAUAAAAAAAAUUAGUGCAUUUUUCUCUAGGUGAGUUUCUCAAAAAAGCCAUAAAACAGCGCUACUGUAGGUGUAUCAAUGACCUUCUCAUCGAGAUUUGGAUGGCUAUUGUUAUCGCUCGCCAUUUUAUUAAACUUAUCUAGCUAAAAAUACGGAAAAAUUUAAGGAAAAAGACUGCUCCCCCCUGUGGCCUGGGCUGAAACUCCAGUUUCUCGUUAGAGGAAUACCCAUGGGUCCUCGGAUCCAAGGACGUUGUUGAGCACCUCCAUUUCCAACAACAGGAAAGAGCCAAAACCUACUCAGAUACACACUUCUUGAGCCUGCGUCUGAUUCUUGGCUCAAAGCUCGUCCCAGUUCGCUGUAGCCAUAAGGUCUGGGCUGCUGCGCCAAGAGGGCAGGUUGGCACGUGUCGCCAUUUUAAUGUAUAUAAUUGUUGCAAGAGACAUGAAAAUUAUUAUUUUUUUUAUAUAAAAUUUCAUAUUUAAAAAUUGCAUUUUUGUUGCAAUAGACAUGAAGAUUGAGGGGGGGGUCAUCGUUAGAAUAUUUGGUCGAUUCAUUUGAAAUUGAAGAUAUAAAGCUGCAUAGCGUAGUUAUAUCAGCAAUUGAUAAUAUAUUGAAAGCUGGAGAGAAAAAAAAAGAAAAUGGGAGAAAUAUUGCAGCUGCUAAAUUUGAAGAACUCGGAGGAAUUGAUAUUUUUGAAGAAAUAUUGAGAAGGAGAGGACGAGAAGGAAAUCCAAAACUUAACAAAAUUUUGGAAGAGUUUUAUGGAAUUGGUGAGGAGAAUAACGAAGUGGAAAUGAUGACAGACGUUCCUGAGCAUUUUAUGUUUACUUAA